AUGAUCGGUAUUCUACAAAUGACUCAACGUGGACCACUGCCCAGUUGGGGAAAUUUAACUCAAUCGCCUUUUGUAUGGGCAUCCUCGACGUUGAAUAUUAGGAAUGCUACAGAUUCAGCUAAUAAUUCUAUCAGCGAUUACUUAAAAACAGACGAGACUAGUUCAUUGUUAGAUUUAGACGACUACAACUUGAAAAAUAAAAUGGAUUCAGCUAUUUGGGCACUUCAGAAUUAUCAAAUAGAGCAGGAUUUCACACUUGAACUUGUUAGCAGCGCCCAGCGAUGGGAUACUCGUUCAGAAACCCCAAAUGAUACAGAAUCUGGAAGCUUUCACGUCAAUUACAGGCUUAGAAUUAAUGAACAAAUCUUCUAUUAUAGAACGGAUGUGUGGGAAAUGCUAAAAUUGGCUUGGAUUCAAUUUUUGGCUAUUUAUAUUGUUGUCCGAACAUUGUUCAAUUCACUUUCCGCUUUUCUAUAUCAAAACCACAUUUUAGAAACAUUUAUUGUGCGUCCACAAAAUUGGGAAGAUCGAGAUUCCAAGUUUAAAUAA